CGGAGCAGCCCCGGGCGGCGGGAGCAUGUCGGUGGCCGGCCUGAAGAAGCAGUUCCACAAGGCCAGCCAGUUAUUCAGUGAAAAAAUUAGUGGAGCUGAAGGAACGAAACUAGAUGAAGACUUCCAGGAGAUGGAAAGGAAAAUUGAUGUCACCAACAAAGUGGUGGCAGACCUCCUGUCAAAAUCCACGGAAUACCUCCAGCCUAAUCCAGCAUCCAGAGCCAAGCUGGGAAUGUUGAACACGGUGUCCAAGAUCCGAGGACAAGUGAAAACCACAGGGUACCCACAACCAGAGGGGCUGCUCGGAGACUGCAUGAUUCGGUACGGGAGAGAACUCGGAGAGGAAUCGACAUUUGGAGCUGCUCUGAUUGACGUGGGAGAGAGCAUGAAGCAAAUGGCCGAAGUGAAGGACUCCCUGGACAUCAACGUCAAACAGAACUUCAUCGACCCUCUUCAGUUGCUGCAAGACAAAGACCUGAAAGAGAUUGGGCACCAUCUCAAGAAACUAGAAGGUCGGCGUCUGGACUAUGACUACAAAAAGAAGCGUCUUGGAAAGAUACCAGAUGAAGAGGUUAAGCAAGCUGUGGAAAAGUUUGAGGAAUCCAAAGAGCUGGCGGAGAGGAGCAUGUUCAACUUUUUAGAAAACGAUAUAGAGCAAGUUAGCCAGCUGCUAGUCCUGGUAGAAGCUGCAUUAGACUACCACAAGCAAUCUGCAGAAAUCCUCGACGACCUACAGAGCAAGCUUCAGAACAGAAUAAACAUUGCAUCGAGUCGCCCCAGACACGAGUUCAAGCCAAAGCCGGCGAUAACGACAACCCUGGAAAUAAGCGACGCCCAACAGCACAACGGCGUUUCGUUUAGUUCGCCACUCAAAUCAACAGGUUCUUCGUUGCACAUGGACCAGCCCUGCUGCCAAGCCCUUUACGACUUUGAGCCCGAAAAUGAAGGUGAGCUUGGCUUUAAGGAAGGGGACAUCAUUACGUUAACCAAUCAGAUCGAUGAGAACUGGUACGAAGGCAUGUUAGAUGGCGAGUCGGGCUUCUUCCCCAUCAAUUACGUUGAAGUCAUGGUGCCGUUGCCCCAGUGAGCGCCUUGCG